GCUGUUUCUGGGCUGAGACAGUGAGAGAUACCAUCAACAGGUCAUUCACUUUUUAUUUCUAAAGCAUACAUUAUUCAUUAAAAUAAAUCUCUAUAUUUAUACGUUGUCAAAAAAUGCUGUUGGGUUCUAUACAGGAGGGUAAAAAGUAAAGAUUUGAGUCUGAGACAUCAGGAGGGUCCAAUAACAGAACAGACCUCCAUUUAACUUCAGCAGGAAGAGCUCAGACUGUGGUCUUUCCCAACUCGAACUGAGAGGGGGUGUCUGUGGUCCCCCCAGUAUCAGGCGCAGUCUGAUCACUGUAGACAAGCAGGGAGUAGAAGUUGAAGAUGCAUCUUCCUGGCUGCGCCUGACUAUAGCGGGGAGGUGGGGGGGUUACGGAAAACUGAGGAGAAAUUGGGUCUCCAUCGCAUUGAGACAGGCGAGACGGUGCGGACGAUCCGGGACUCGCGGUGUCCUGCCCGCUGGAUGGAUGCGGAACCGAGGGUGGACGGCACUGGUUCUCGGUUGGAAUGAAUGAAUGUCGCUGGCGGGGAGACGCGGGGUAACAUGACGAAAGGACAAAUCGGAGAAUGUAACCUGGUCAUUCAGGAUUUGAACAUUCAGGUCGCUCUCUUCAGGGAACUGGUCAUCUCCAUCGGCAAUGGUUCCUGUGAUAGCCCGGCCGUCCGCAAGGAGAUCCGGGAUGUCAGGGCCACGUGCAAAGCUCUGGCCAAGCAAUCCCAUCAGGUCUGCUCCCCCCUGUACAGCCUUGAAGAUGAAGACUUGCAGCCUGGUAUCUGCAGAAUUCAUAUACUGUUUUAUGGGUGUCUGGAGAUGUUUAUAACUGAAAUGCUUAAAUCGUUAUACUUAAUGGAAUCUUUUCAAAUUCGAAAAAAAGAACAAAUUAUUUGUCCUACUCCUGGAAUUCCUUAUGAACGCGAAGAGGAACAUUCCCAGGCGCCAUUCCUAGAAGACAUCACCUACUCAUCAUCUUCACAAGAGCUGGACAUGUUGGCAUGUCACUUAGACACAGCACUGGAAAUGGAAUGUACGGAAAGUGAUAUUCAGGAAAUGCGGUACCUUCUGAGAAAUCUCAGGGACUCCAUACCACACUAUCUUAAAAUACAGGAUGAAACCUGUUUGUUGACCCCAUCUCCCACACAUCUGAAAAUUCGGAGGAGGAAGAGGAAGUGUGGAUUAUGUUGUAUAAAGAAAUGAAAUCAUUUACUGUGUCCUUCAAUUUUUACCAAUAAAAUAAUAGCUUGGG